AUGUCAAUCGUCCCAAUCAACGAGCAACGAGGCAGUGACUUCGACCCUUCCUUGGCUCUUGACCUGUGGGACCCAUUCACAGAUUUCCCUUUCCCAUUCCCUUCCUCACUCUCCAACGUUUUCCGGGAAUUCAAUCUGGGUUCUUCGGUAAACUCAAGAUUAGAUUGGAGAGAGACCCGAAAUGCCCACAUCCUAAAGGCGGCUCUUCCUGCGUUCAUGAACCAGGACGUGCUUGUGGAGCUUCAAGACGAGCGUGUGCUUCAGAUCAGUACAGACAGCGGUAGCUUCAUGACAAAGUUUAAGCUUCCGGACAACGCCAAGAUUGAGCAGCUUAAGGCCUUCAUGAGCAAUGGGGUUCUCACUGUCACUGUUCCUAAGGAGGAGCCCAGCAGACCCAAUAUCAGAGCCAUUGAAAUUUCUGGCGAAGAUUAA